UUGUGAGUCGAAAGCGUCAUCCGAAUUUUAAUGACAACACCGACUUUCGGGUCGAAAUAAACACAGAUUUCUGUGCAUUAAAACACCCAGAGUGACCUAUGAACCGUGCAUAUCAAAGUUACGAUUACUUUAUCCAGAGCAUGUCUGAUUUUGUCCACUAUCUUGGUGGUCACCUAGGGGCGGUGGCAGUCGGAGCCAUUACGACUGCUACUGCUGCCUAUCUCAUCAGCAGACCAAAGAAAUUCAGACCACUGGUCGAUCUCAAUAACCAGUCAAAAGAGGUUCCCGGUCUCCACUUGGCGCGUAUGUCAACUAUGUGCACAGAUGGUGAACUGAAGGAACGGGCCUAUGAUGAUGUUGGAACCAUCUACCAGGCUUUCAGGCGGGGAGCUCGAGUCUCAAACAAUGGUGAAUGCCUUGGCUGGAGAGAAGGAGGAACGGGACCAUACAGAUGGAUAUCAUAUAAUGAUGUGCUCUCAAAAUCUGCCAAUGUAGGAGCAGGUCUCCUGGAGAAGGGCCUUGUGCCGAACCACAACACAUUCGUUGGUAUUUAUUCGCAGAACAGGGUGGAGUAUGUGGUAACUGAGUUGGCAUGCUACUCCUAUUCCAUGGCCAUUGUGCCCCUGUAUGACACCCUGGGACCAGAUGCCUGUACAUACAUCAUCAACCAAGCCGAUAUGAGCCUUGUCGUUUGUGAUAACGUCACCAAGGUGAAUGCUCUUCUCGACCGUAUAGAAGCAACACCUAUUCUGAAGACGAUUGUUGUAAUCGAAACACCUGAUCAGGAACUCAGAAAACGCGCAGAGAGUCUUGGAAUAGAAAUUGUCUCAUUUUCUGAUCUUGAGGAACUCGGAAAGAAACAUCCAAAAGAAAUAAUGCCUAGCCAGCCUGAUGAUCUGUGCACGAUAUGCUAUACCAGUGGGACAACAGGGAGUCCAAAAGGGGCUAUGAUCACCCACAGAAAUGUCAUCGCUGGAGUAUCGGGCUGCCACUUGACACUCGCACCUCUCGGUGUUGGCACAGAGGACAUAAUCAUAUCAUAUCUGCCCUUGGCCCAUAUGUAUGAAAGAAUCAACCACGUCUACACGUACAUGAAUGGAGCCAAAGUUGGCUUCUUCAGCGGCGAUGUAAAGAAGCUACUUGAUGACAUCCGAGAACUCCGACCAACCAUGUUCCCAACAGUCCCACGGUUACUAAACAGACUUUAUGAUCAGGUUAUGGGUCAAGUGAGUUCAAGCUUGUUGAAGAAGAUUUUGUUCACUGUUGCUAUCAAUCGUAAAACUUCUGAGCUGUCAAGUGGUAUCUUGAGAAACAACAGCAUUUGGGACCAGAUCGUCUUCAAGAAAGUCCAGAUGGUCCUUGGUGGGCGCCUCAAGUUCAUCUGCACAGGAUCUGCACCAAUAUCUGACAAGGUACUCGCCUUUGUCAGAUGCGCUGUUGGAUGCCCGGUCCUUGAGGGCUAUGGCCAAACUGAAUCGGCUGCUGUGUCUACCCUGAGUGUGAUCAGCCACAAUGAACCUGGCCAUGUUGGCCCACCUCUACCGUGCACCAUGAUCAAACUGAAGGAUGUCCCCGACAUGGGAUACAAAGCAGAGGACAACAAGGGAGAGAUUUGCUUCAAAGGUCCAAGUGUUUUCAAUGGGUAUCUGAAGGAUCCGGAGAAGACUGCAGAAACUCUUGAUGAAGAUGGCUGGUUACAUUCGGGUGAUAUUGGCAUGUGGUUACCAAAUGGCACUCUCAAGAUCAUUGACCGAAAGAAAAAUAUCUUCAAAUUGUCACAGGGCGAAUAUAUUGCACCGGAGAAAAUUGAACAAAUCUAUGUGAGGAGUAUGCCAGUAGCUCAGGUGUUUGUGCAUGGUGAUAGCUUACAGUCAUUCCUUGUUGGUAUUGUGAUUCCUGACCCAGACCACCUGAUGAAGUGGGCAAAGAAUACGCUCGGAUUAGAAGGAGGCUACAAACAGCUUUGCGAGAAUGAGGAGGUCCAGAAAGCCAUUCUGGAGGAUAUGACCUCAAUUGGGAAGAAGGCUGGUUUAAAAUCAUUCGAACAAGUGAAAAACAUCCAUGUACAUCCUGAACUCUUCAGCGUUGAGAACGGCCUGAUGACACCCACCUUCAAGAGCAAACGAAAUGAAAUUCUAAAAUACUUCAAACAACAAUUGGAAAAUCUGUACACCGUCGCAGCGUUAUAAGACACUGUCAGUGACAUGUACAUUCUGUGAUGUUAAGGAAACUGAAUACACUUGCGGAGAGAGACAGUGGGGUUUUUCGAUGGUUAAAAAAGGGCAUUUUCCCUGUGUGGGAUUUUCUCUGAUGAGGAAAGUAAAGAACUAGUACAGGUUGGAACAAAAAAUGGCUUGUCCUGAUAGAAAAGAUUUCGAUGCCUGUGUGAUACUGUUGGACCUCUUAAUUUAUACUUUGCCUGCGACUGACAUAUUCUGUCAUUAUCAGGAAUGCCUUUCGUGACUCAUGCUGUCCAUAUAUAUCUGAAAGGUAGUCGUAAUUACAGAGGUUUUUGAAGAGAUACUAGGCUGAGAUAAGGAAGCUUAAAACGUGGUCUUCUCCUGGUUGUGGAAUUCCAUUCCACUCCACAGGUGAUUUUGCUGGUUACUCAAAAUUUCAGUAAAAAGGGGAGUCAGAAAUCAGGCCUAGCAUGUUGCUGGCGUCAUGUUUAAAGUAGAGAGGUUCAAAGUGUGAUAUGAGAACGAGGUGACAUUUUGCUGACGGAUAUCACCACGUUCUCGCAUCAAAAUCUGCACCCCCCUAGUAAAUUAAUCCUCAAUUAUACCUGUCUGUGAAAAGAACAUUGUCAUUAUCUUCCACAUUGCAGUAUUCUUGAUGGUGGUAAUUCACGACCAUGCCAACAUCACUUCGGCACUGUUCAGCAGGGCGAAUGAGUUGUAACUGUAAGUUCUUUUUUUUUGCAUGUAUUUAAUGUAACAUUGAAAGAUGAUACUAUGAUCAAAACUUUAAGUUCAGCACAUGUAUGGAUGCCACUUACCUGGAGUCACACCAGUUACUAGUGCCCAGCAAACAUACGAUUUUUAUUGCAGCAAUUAUCACUGCGAUGUGCAAUGAAAAAGUUGUUCUCUGUUUGGAACCUGUCGAUCGCUGGCCUUGAUAAUCAUCCCAGGCCCAAGGAAUGACCACAAGUUUUGUACUUGUUGUAAAUAUCAUGGAUCACUGCAAUAACAAACAGGCACUUUAGGAGAGGUUCUGACGGUGGUGUUCUGUCUUGUUGGACCAGGCUGCACUGAUUUCAUGUCAGUUUUUGAUUUAAAGAUUGAAUCUCAAUUUAAACAUCAAUUUUUGUGUUAAUCAACGAAUCGCGUGGAAAGAUGCAAUAUUAAAGCAGUCCAAAAUCCGUGAAAAAAGCAUAAUUCUUUCUUUCUUGUGCUAACGUCAUUCUAGAAUGUAUUUAUUUUAUAGAAAUUCAUAAAAAAUUUUGUUUGUACGUAGAGCUUUAUAAAUUCACCAGUUAGUUUUGCCAAUAUAUUAUUAGUCGUAAUGUUCUGUUCUUUGUAGAACGCCACGAGAGGAUAUUUUGUUCUUUUGAUUUGGUAGUGAUUAUGCAAUUACUUAGAAAGUAUCACCACCCCCCCCCCCCUAUACCGGCCACCACCCGUAUUGCUUAAAAUAUUGUUCUGCUUUUGUCAAAUAACACUAACAGGGAUGUGGCAGCACUACAGGAUAAGCAUUUUCUUGGACUACAGUUGUAAUAUUGGUUUUAUUUUUGCUUGAGGGUCACAUUGGCAAUCGGUCAAAUGCAGUCUAAGUUUUGACACUACAUUGCAUUUACCUCAUAUUUUUUUACUUAUUCUUGCACAUUCCUUCUUUUAUGAUCAGUUUGUUCUUUAAGUGGGACCACUGAUUUGGUAACCUUGUGAAUGGCCUCUUGGGGUCUCCCCUAAUGAGCCUAAUUGACCCCCCCCCCCCUCCCACAGACAGACACAUUUAUGCACUUGCACACAAGUUUACUUUCACUAACAUUGUUGUGUCUUGGGGCCUCCCCUGAUACAUUUGAUGUUUGCGUGACUUUUAUUUACGCGUUUACAAAUAGCCAUGAGAAUAUAUGACUGUUAAGAAGAAUACGUAGUUGAAAUAACUGUUUGAUACAGGAUUGUCCAAACACAGUGCUUGAUGAACUGGCAGUGCACAAAACCAUGAAAUAAUAUGGCGGUGAAUUUUUUUGGAUAUGUUUAGUAUAGAUUAGAAAUAGAAGAGAAUCGCUAUUGACCAAAAUCUUGUAAUAUUGUAAAUAAGUUACAGAUAUGUUCAACUUCAGUCCAGCUUGUUUGUUUUGCAUGUAACAAACUAUAGCACAGGUAGUGGUAGUGGUAUAGGUAUUGGUAAAGAAUGUGAUAUUUUCUUAGAGUAACAUGUUGGUAAUUAGAUGGACAUGAGUUAGGAAGUAUUCUUGGUCUGAGAUUCUUGUCUCCUGGGCUUGUUUGCACCUAUCAGCUCCCAAAUGCCCUAAUUUUUCAUCAAUUUUGAUGAAAAUAUGUGUUAAGGUCACAAACAAACUUUCAUCCUCACAGAUUUCCAGGGGAACAUUCCGCCUAAAUCUUUUGAGGGGGGGAGAAGUCCCCUUCUCCUCCUCCGUAGGAAACCCUGGGACACUGUACAAAGAUUACUUAUUGUCUUGAUUGACAUUACUGACGAUUGUUGUCCAUUGCCAUCCACUCCACAUGUAUAUUCUGAAAUAUUGUAUCUUGUAUUUAUUAAAUUGUUCUGUAUAAACACUAAUUAUAGAUCGAGGCCUGUUUUGUUCAAAAUGAUGUUAGUACUAACGUGGUGUUGGUACUUUCUUUACCUCCUUGGACAUAACACCAAUUUAACAUCAAUGUAGUGAAACUGCUGGUUCGAACUACCCAGCCCUAGCUACUUGAAAAGCUUGACUUUAAUCCAGCUAAUAUUUUGCAGUUUGAUGUGUGCCCCACCCUAGAGUUCCCAAUCAAAAUUGCCAGAAGGAUUGGUGUUUUGUUUUAAGAGCAUGGUGCUUUGUAUAUUUUGACCCAUGAACUGGCAAAGGUGGGCUGAGGACAAUGUGCUAAAACCGGCAUUUAUUAAUCUAUUUUCUGUUUACCAGUAUAAAUGGCCAUUCCAGUAGCACAGCUACGUGUAUCCUGCCUUGCACGAUGAAAAAUCAUGAUUUAUGGGAGGGGCUAUUAAAAGAUUGGGUUCUACAACAAGUAUCAAAGUUGCUGUAAAAUUUGUACAAAUAAGCAAAAGUGAAACUGUAUGAUAGGCAACACACAUGCUUCUGUUAUUGCUGUAAAAAAGCCUUUAGUAAUGCUAUAAUUCGUCGAGUUUGAAUCCUACUAUUGAGUGUCGUAAUCAAAUGAGGCAGCUAUUGAUGAUGUGUGAUCAGACUUGUACAGUUGAUUUGCUGAGGGCUUGUCCCUUAGAUAGGCACAGCCCAAGGUAGUCACCAUCUUAACGGAUAUGAAACACGAAGUAACCCAGGCGCAGGUGUGUCAGUUUUGUAAACAAGUUUUACGCCAGCAGAUUCCGUGUAUAUCAACUUGUUGCACCAUGAAAUGAAAUUCUAUUUUCGAAUAUUCCAUGUUUCCUUACUAAUCAACCACUAAUUUCUCUGACCAUGCGAUUAUAUCGUGACAGCGAUGAACUGGCGUGGCAUGCAUGCACCCUGUAGUUCCUUGGCACCCACAAAAUAGGCACUCCUGCAGCCCAGGUGACAAAUUGUGCGAGUUUUCUGUUGCUGCAGGACACUCAAGUCAUGAUUUUAACUUCAAAAAUAUAUUACUUCAAAGUAAUACGUUUUUGCAUGUGUACUGAUAAAGUUCUGAAUUAUUGUAUUUCUCAUGGGAGUUUAUUUGACAAAGCCCAAUGGAUGGAAAUGUAGUCCAGCUUUAUAAUGCAUUAUCCACUGUAUAGACGUAUUCAAUGCUUAUUGUUGUGCUGAAGGAAAGCUUUCCACAUUUGGAGUGAAAUUACCAAAAGUUUAGAGAACAAAAUGUGAAACCAAUGUUCAUGAGAGCAAUGUGACAGGUGGGAAAGAAAUUGCAUCCUAUCUGAUGUUACUGCAAACAUCUCAAUUAUAUCACAACACUGGCCUAAUAUUUCAAACAGUAAUUGAUUACAAUCUGACGUUAAGGCUACACGUACAUUGAAUAUGAAAAUAUUUUUGGUAAAUUGUACCCCAGGUGUGAAAGGUUAUGCAUCAAGUCUCUAAAUACUAAACUACAUGUAUUUGAGUUAAUUGUACCGUGCAUGUUACUGGUCUCUAUCUUGUAAUGAAAUGAUCUAUAUCAGUUUAUUUAUCGGUGAUUUCAUGUCCAGCAUUUGAGAGUUGACCAUAGGCACCACCAUUUUGGCUAGAGCUUGAAAUCCUGAAGCAAUUCAAAACGAAGUGAGUGCCAAUUUCAGGGGUCACGGAGUCUGUUCCGUGUUCCAGAGAACAGCCUCCCAUGUUUUAAAUGGGCAUUCAAUUCCUUUUGAAGGAGUUCGAAUUGCUUUGGGAUUUCAGAUUCUAGACAAAAUGGUGGUGCUAUGGUCAACUCUCAGUUAAGCGCCCUGCUAAUGAAUGGGUGAGAUUUAAUGAAUAUGUUAUUUGCAGGGUGCUUCAAGGGCACCGUUGUGUUGUUUUUGUUCUUGCCUCUCUGCACUGAUCUCAGCUUUAAGUUCAAAAAGGUGUGGAUUAACUUUUCUGUAGAGCGCAUUUAGACAUGUAAUGCUUAAUGGUCAGACUCGAUCUGCGUGCCACAUCUUCAUGUUGUUGGAUCCACAAAUAUUUGCCAUUUCAAGAGCCAUUCAUCUGCAAAAUUCAUUACUAACAGCUCUACUGAACAAACCAUUGUGGUUGAAUGGGCAAAAGAGUGUCUAUUUUAGCACAAUAUUCAAAUAUAAAAUUGGAGUUAGGCAUUUUGUUAAUGAAUGCUUUGUUGGUAUCUAGUGUUGGUCCAUCCAGUUAUCAAAUCCAGUCCUGGUGGGUCAGUCGGAUUUGAAAUAUGUAAUAGUCAUCAUACAGAAAGAAGGGAACACAAACAAAACUAGCAAUCCUCUUAAUUAUGUGGAUUAAGAGUAUUUAUUGAAAGAAAAGUAGCUAUACUAUAUAAUUUCUGUCUUGAAAGGCUAGUCUCCGAGGGCCAAGUCAAUGUACGCAUUCAUUUCUUUGGCACCCAUCAAUCGGUUGAGUAUGUACUAAUAAUAUUAUUGUAAGUAGGCCCGUUCAUUUUGUGUCUUUUGACUCAUUCACCAGACAUUUUAUUAUACAGUAAAUAAAGAGAAAAAUGUGCUA